CCAGCUCCCGUCUCCUACUACAGUACCUUAGCAGGCCAGAAAAAGUCGGGCCUCGUGCCGUGAUCAUCUUGCCAACAAGGUUCUAUAACUACUUACAAUACCUACGUUACCAGGCCCGCGGCAGGGUUGCAGCUACGCGACGACGAGCAGCUCCUAUCUGAGACUGGAGCCGGACUGAGACCGGGACCUGCAACCGACGCGGCACUGACUGAAAUGGCACGUCGCCAGGCGCUGCACGUGUCGGCGACGGCCGCAGCGCGCCCGGCGUCGACGGUCCAGUCGCGGAGGGCAGCGCGUUUGCCGCCAGCGGCUCGGAUCGUCGCUGAGGCUGCUCCCACAUCCACAUCCACAUCCGCUUCCACAUGCACGGGCAGCCAGACACCGCGGCAGCAGACCGCCCGGACGCUGCCGGAGAGCAGCAGUCUCGGGGACGGCUGGACGAGCGGACGACGAAGCCGCUCAGGGUUCAGUGACGCGGCCGCCAGGAUCGCGCAGCCAACACCACCGCUGGAGGCGACGCUUAGCCCCGGCACUGGAGCCCGUGCAGCAGCAGCCGCCGCAGCAGCAGCAGCAUUAGCAGCGGCUCCCACACCCACCGGUCCCGCUAUAGCGCUGCAAGCCGCGGCCGCCGCCCAACCAGUUCAGCUGUCACUACCUUUUUCUCCGACCCGUUUUCGCAGACAUCCGACGACGACGGCUUCCCCUUCUCUCCUGACGCUGUCACGCCGCUCAGCGCGCCCGGUAUCUGCUACCGCUCUCCUCCGCCAUUCCUCGCCUUCCUGCAACUUUUGUCACGGUCGCAGACUCUUCACCACGACCUCGCCCGCCAUGGUUGCCAGCCGGCUAGAUGGCACUGCCAUCGCCAAGAGCAUCCGCGAGCGCAUUGGCGCCGACAUCGCCGAGAAGCAGAAGCUCAACCCGCGCUACAAGCCAUGCCUCAAGAUCCUUCAAGUGGGCGACCGAUCUGAUUCCUCCACGUAUGUUCGCAUGAAGCUCAAGGCAGCCCAAGAGGCUGGCGUUGCGUGCGAGCUGCUGCACUACCCCGCCGAAAUCACAGAGCCUGAGCUGCUGGACCAGCUCCGGCGCCUGAACAACGAUCCCACCGUCAACGGCAUCUUGGUCCAGCUUCCCCUUCCCAGCCACAUCUCCGAGUACAACAUCACCUCGGCCGUUGCCGACGAAAAGGAUGUCGAUGGCUUCGGCACCAACAACAUUGGCGAGCUGGCCAAGCGGGGCGGCAACCCCAUCUUCACCCCUUGCACGCCCAAAGGCGUCAUGCACCUCCUCCGGGAGGCUGGCAUUCCUUUGGCUGGCAAGUCGGCCGUUGUUCUCGGCCGCAGCAACAUUGUCGGCAGCCCCGUGAGCUACCUCCUCCGUAACGCCGACUGCACCGUCACCGUCUGCCACUCCAAGACGGCUGCCUUGGAGUCGUACCUCAAGAGCGCCGAUAUUGUCAUUGCUGCCAUCGGACAGCCCCAGUUUGUCAAGGGGGAGUGGCUGAAGGAGGGUGCCGUGGUCAUCGAUGUCGGCACCAACUUCGUCCCCGAUGCCACUAAGAAGACCGGUUAUCGCCUGGUGGGUGAUGUCGACUUCGAGUCGGCUGCCCAGGUCGCGUCCGUCAUUACCCCCGUCCCCGGCGGUGUUGGUCCCAUGACCGUGGCAAUGCUUCUCGAGAACGUUGUUGAGGCUACGACCCUCUUCUUCCAGAACGAAAGACUUCGCAAGACGAUUCCCCUCCCUUUGAAGCUCGAGAGACCCGUGCCGUCAGACAUCGCCAUCUCCCGAGCGCAGACGCCCAAGCAAAUCACCCGCAUCGCUGCCGAGGUCGGCAUUGCACCCCACGAACUGGAGCCGUACGGGGCCUACAAGGCCAAGGUCGAUCUCAAUCUGCUCAAGCGGCUGGAGCACCGCAGGGACGGACGCUACGUGGUCGUCACGGGCAUCACCCCUACGCCUCUCGGCGAGGGCAAGUCAACCACAACCAUGGGACUUGCGCAGGCCCUCGGCGCCCACGUCGGCCGACUGACCUUUGCCAAUGUGCGCCAGCCGAGUCAGGGUCCGACGUUUGGUAUCAAGGGCGGCGCUGCCGGCGGAGGCUACAGUCAGGUCAUCCCCAUGGAUGAGUUCAACCUCCACCUCACGGGUGACAUCCAUGCCAUCACAGCGGCGAACAACCUUCUCGCCGCCGCCAUCGAGACGCGCAUAUUCCACGAGAACACGCAAAAAGACGGCCCGCUGUACAGGCGACUGGUUCCAGUCAAGAAUGGCGUGCGCAGGUUUGCGCCGGUCAUGUUCCGCCGCCUGAAGAAGCUUGGCAUUGACAAGACCAUCCCCGACGAGCUCACCGAGGACGAGAUCCACCGUUUUGCCCGUCUCGAUAUCGACCCGGAGACCAUCACCUGGCGGCGUGUUCUGGAUGUCAACGACCGCCACCUCCGAGGCGUCACCGUCGGCACGGCGCCUACGGAGAAGGGCCAGAGUCGCGAGACGGGCUUCGACAUUUCCGUUGCUAGCGAGUGCAUGGCCAUUCUUGCCCUCAGCACUAGUCUUGCGGACAUGCGCGAGCGUCUGGGCCGCAUGGUCGUCGCCACAUCGCGCAGCGGCGACCCGGUGACGUGCGACGACAUCGGUGCGGGCGGUGCCCUGACAGCUCUCAUGAAGGAUGCCAUCAAGCCGAACCUCAUGCAGACGCUUGAGGGAACACCGGUGUUUGUCCACGCCGGACCGUUUGCCAACAUCAGCAUCGGCCAGAGCUCCAUCAUCGCCGACAGGCUGGCACUCAAGCUCGCGGGCACGGAGCCCGACGAAGACCACAAUGGCACGGCUGGAUUCGUCGUGACCGAGGCUGGAUUUGACUUCACCAUGGGCGGCGAGCGGUUCUUCAACAUCAAGUGCCGCACUUCUGGGCUGGUGCCCGAUGUGGUGGUGGUCGUCGCGACAGUGCGUGCCUUGAAGGUGCACGGCGGCGGCCCGCCGAUUGCGCCUGGCGCUCCGCUCAACCCGGUCUACAAGGAGGAGAAUGUGGACAUUCUGCGUGCGGGCUGUGUCAACUUGAAGAAGCACAUCGCCAACGCCAAGUCGUUCGGUGUCCCCGUUGUUGUAGCCAUCAACAAGUUUGCGACAGACACGGACGCCGAAAUCGCCGUUGUACGGGAGGAGGCCUUGGCUGCGGGCGCCGAGGAUGCCAUCCUGGCCGAUCACUGGGCACAGGGCGGUGUGGGAGCCGUCGACCUGGCGCAUGGCGUCAUCGCAGCCGCUGAGAAGCCUAAGGCCCUGAGCCUGACGUACGGAUUGGACGGCACCGUGCAGGAACGCAUCGAGGCCAUUGGCAAGAAGAUGUACGGGGCCGCCGCGGUCGAGUUCAGCGAGCUGGCGCAGAAGAAGGUGGACACAUACACGAGGCAAGGCUACGGCAACUUAUCCAUCUGCAUCGCCAAGACGCAGUACUCGCUGUCUCACGACCCGGAGCUGAAGGGCGCCCCCACCGGCUUCACGAUUCCCAUCCGAGACGUGCGCAUGGCUGCUGGUGCUGGUUAUCUGUAUGCGCUUGCUGCUGAUAUCCAGACGAUUCCCGGCCUGCCCACGGCGCCGGGCUACCUUAAUGUCGACGUGGACACCGAGACGGGUGAGAUUGAUGGUCUAUUUUAGAGACGGUGUGCGCUUCUGGUGCGUCCUUGGUAUGACCUGUAUACAGGACGCGUUGGCUCGUUAGUAUGCAUAUCCUAGGGUUAGAUUCGGCCCGUUUUGGUUAUUUGCCUUUCAACUCAACGUGGCAUGGCCGCCGGAAGAUGGGGGAAUUGUUAGGGUUCAUGAAAUUCAACACGAGGCGUGAAAAGGCGGGCGUGGACUGAUUAGUCGACGUGCUGCCGUAGCACAGACCUACUACUGGACAAGGAAGGUAAAAGACACAAAGUCGUGGCUUUUUCGUCAUGACGAGCUA